AUGGCGCGUUCGCACGCCAGGUCCUCCAGCAACGACUUUACCUCCAGCUUUCUGUCAGAUCCACUGAAGCCACGAAGAACACUUGAACUGCCAGAUGGCACAUGGGUUUCAAGGGACACAUUCGAGACUCUGAACGAGGUCGAUACCCCCAGCAGCCAUGAGUUCGGAUUAUCACCAUUAGAGAAGGCACCGGAAAGCGCCUCCUCAGGCCCGGUGACAUGGAUGUCGCUUCCCCGAAAGGACCAGCUAUUCAUCCUCUUUCUCUCGCGACUCGUCGACUUUCUCCAGGUGGCUUCGCUGCAAGCAUACGUCUUCUUUCAGCUGAAAACCUUUGAUGACUCUCUCUCGGAUGCCCAGAUUUCGCAGCAGGCGGGCAUUUUGCAGGGAUGCUUCACGGGAGCCCAAGUGAUGACGGCCAUUCUCUGGGGCAAGGCCGCUGAUGCAAGCUGGUGUGGGCGGAAACGGGUGCUGCUUAUUGGACUCGCCGGAACGGCUGUCUCAUGUCUGGGAUAUGGCUUUGCGACGACCUUCUUCUGGGCCGCGUUCUGGAGGGCGUUCGGUGGCGCUGUGAAUGGAACCGUGGGCAUCAUUCGCACCAUGAUUGCUGAAAUCACCAAAGAGAAGAAGUACCAAUCCCGAGCAUUUCUGCUUCUUCCCAUGAGCUUUAACGUUGCGGGAAUCUUGGGACCGAUCAUGGGAGGUAUGCUGGCGGAGUCAUCCCAGACACUUCCUGGUCUCUUUGGAGAAAAGGCCGUAUUCGGAUUCCAGUGGGUGCGAGACUAUCCAUACGCACUGCCAAGUCUCAUCAAUGCUGCUACUCUAUCCAUCGUGACCCUGAUCCUAUUUCUCUUUCUUGAGGAGACGUCAAGAGCGCGCCGGCAUAAGCCGGACAUUGGCCUGAAACUUGGAUAUCGCAUCAAGGCCGCCAUAUUGGACGACAAGCAGUCAGACUACGCCCGCGUUCCCGCCUGGGAGGCUCAUGCCAUGGAGGACUACGGAGCCACCGGUCUCCUAGCAGAAAAGCCAGCAACCCGAAUGCGUCAGCUCCCCUUCCGCAGGCUCUGGACGCGAAACGUCUUGUUUACGCUGCUCACGGGCGCCUUUUACGACUUCCAUCUGGGUGCUUUUGGCAACAUGUGGUCGCUCUUCUUGUCUACGCCUCGGUAUAUCGUUCCCACGCCAGAACGCUCAGAGACUAUGCGCAGAUGGCUGCCUCUGCUGUUCACUGGUGGCUUGGGCAUGCCUGCUUCGACGGUUGGCGUGGCGACGUCCUUUCUAGGCUGGCUGGGCAUGUUGCUGCAGGUAACCAUGUAUCCUCCCGUCCAAGCCCGCCUCGGUACGAUGAGGUCCUUUCGAUGGUUUCUGUUUCUCUUUCCGGUUGCGUAUUUCGUCGCCCCUUACCUCUCCAUCCUGCCGUCCUGGUCGCCUCCUCCAGAACCGGCAUCGGGAGGCUUCAUCUGGGCGGGGAUCAUCGGAGUCGUCUUCCUUCAGGUCAUGGCUCGCACGUUUACUCUCCCGGCCAGCAUCAUCUUGCUCAACAACUGCAGCCCGCAUCCGAGCGUAUUGGGCACGAUUCACGGCUUGGGACAGAGCGUGUCUGCGCUCUUCCGGACGGUUGGGCCCGUGAUUGGAGGCUGGUGGUACGGUUACGGGCUGGAUAUCGGAAUGGUGGCUUGGGGCUGGUGGGGAGUUGCUGCCGUGUCUCUUUUGACGUGUGCCACUGCUUUGGGGAUGCAUGAUGGCAGUGGGCAUGAGAUUUUGCUGGAAGGGGAGGAGAUGGAAUAG